AUGGCGUCGCUGUCCAAGCUCUCCCUCCCCGGGGCCCGCUCCGCGCGCGGCCUCGUCCUCGAGCUCACCCGGCUGUACCUGAGCAACCGCUCGCGCAUCUCGCGCGCCGUCUGGAUCACCCUCUUUGUCGCGCUCGUCAACCGCGUGCGCCACGCCAUCGCCGAGCAAAAGGCGGCGUCGGCGCGCGAGGCCGCCCAGCGCGAGGCCCGCCGCGCCACCGUCUCGUCGGCCGCCGCCGCCGCCGCCGCCGACGCCGACGCGCCCCGCAAAAAGGUCGCGCUCGACCGCCAGUUCUUCCGCUCGCUGCUGCGCCUGCUGCGCGUCGUGAUGCCGGGCUGGCGGAGCACCGAGGCGCGCAUGCUCGUCAGCCACAGCUUCUUCCUGGUGCUGCGGACCGUCAUCAGCCUGCGGGUGGCCGAGAUGGACGGCGCCAUCGUCAAGGCGCUGGUCAGGGGGAACGGGAGGGAGUUUCUGUCGAGGAUCGUCUGGUGGAUGCUGAUUGCGGUGCCGGCCACGUUUACCAACUCGAUGCUGUCGUACCACCAGGCCGAGCUGUCGCUCAAGUACAGGACCAGACUCACGCAGUUCAUCCACGACAAGUACCUGUCCAACCUGACCUUUUACGGCAUCGCCUCUCUGGACGACCGCAUCAAGAACCCGGACCAGCUGAUUGCCGUCGACGUGGCCAAGUUUUCCAACAGCCUGGCCGAGCUGUACAGCAACCUGGCCAAGCCGAUCCUGGACAUGACCAUCUACACGUACUCGCUCUCCAAAAGCGUCGGCGGCGAAGGCGUCGUCUUCAUGUCGCUCCUCGUCCAGCUCUCCGCCAACGUCAUGCGCGUCCUCACCCCCCCCUUUGGCAAGUACGUCGCCGACGAGGCCCGGCUCGAGGGCGAGUUCCGCUACCAGCACUCGCGCAUCAUCGACUACAGCGAGGAGGUGGCCCUGUACGGCGGCCACGCGGCCGAGAAGGACGCCCUCGACAAGGGCUACUUCACGCUCAUCAAGCACGUCAACUACAUCCUGCGCCGGCGCUUCUACCACGGCUUCAUGGAGGACUUUGUCAUCAAGUACUUCUGGGGCGCGCUGGGCCUGCUGCUCUGCAGCGUGCCCGUCUUCGUCAAGCUGCCGGGGCACGUGGGCAUGAACAUGGGCGACCGGACCGAGUCGUUUGUCACCAACCGCCGCAUGCUGCUGUCCGCCUCGGACGCCUUUGGCCGCAUCAUGUUCUCGUACAGGGAGGUCAUGGAGCUGGCGGGCUACACGUCGCGCGUGGCCUCGCUGCUGGGCGUCAUGGACGACAUGCAGGCCGGCCACUUUGAGAAGCGGCUGGUGUCGUCGGGCGACACGCGCGGCAACGAGGCCGUCCUGCGGGGGCGCGGCACCGUCCACGAGAGCCAGGACAUCACCUUUAUCGACGUACCCAUCAUCUCGCCCAACGGCGACGUGCUCGUCAAGGCGCUCUCCUUCUCCCUCCGCCACGGCGACCACCUGCUCGUGGUGGGCCCCAACGGCUGCGGCAAGUCGUCCCUGUUCCGCAUCCUGGGCGGCCUGUGGCCCGUCUACGGCGGCACCGUGCACAAGCCGCCCUUCCACGCCAUCUUCUACCUCCCGCAGCGGCCGUACCUCUCGCGCGGCUCGCUGCGCCAGCAAAUCAUCUACCCGGACUCGCUGCGCCAGAUGCGCGCGCGCGGCGUCACCGACGCGGACCUGCUGGCCAUCCUGCGCCUGCUCGAGCUGGACCACCUCGUCGGGCUGCACGGCGGCGGCGGCGGCGGCGGCGGCGGCGGCGGCGGCGACCACCAGCAGCAGCAGCAGAAGCAGCAGCAGCAGGGCUGGGACGCCGAGGCCGAGUGGCGCGACGUCCUCAGCGGCGGCCUGCAGCAGCGCGUGGCCAUGGCGCGCCUCUUCUACCACCGCCCGCGGUACGCCAUCCUCGACGAGUGCACCAGCAGCGUCACCCUCGACACCGAAAAGGUCAUGUACGACCACGCCAAGGCGCUGGGCAUCACGCUCAUGACCGUCAGCCACCGCCGCAGCCUGUGGAAGUACCACACCCACAUCCUGCAGUUUGACGGGCAGGGCGGCUACGUCUUCACCCGGCUGGACGCCGAGCGGCGCCUGCGCCUCGAGGACGAGAAGGAGGAGCUGGACGUGCGCCUGCGCCAGGUGCCCGAGCUGCAGAGGAGGCUGGACGAGCUGACGGCCUGA